AUGGAGGGCCCGACUGUCGCAGUCACGACCCCGACUUUACUAUCUGGCACCGGCUGCCCCGCCGUCGGCAACGACGUCAAAAGCGUGAGGGUAGACACGACAGCUGAAACGAAUGGACCUGUUGCAGCUUCAGGGAGCCAUUUCACGCCGCCAGCGGCAGCACUGGACCUGCCAACAGACUGGACUUUAAAUGAUCGCCAACUGUGCGAAGUUGAAUUGCUAGUGAGCGGAGCACUGGCGCCGCUUACUGGCUUCAUGGACGAAGAAACAUACCGCAGUGUCUGCACAGAUAUGAGACUGCCAACAGGGGAAAUUUUCCCCAUACCCAUCGUCCUUGCAAUACCGAAAAGUGCUAGCAAUCCAAAUGUGCACUGGCUGCAGCAUCACAAGGGCUGCACAACGCAAGCGUCCGAUCUCCCUGCAGCCUUGGGAACUGUGAUCAAAUUGAGAAACAAUGUCGGAACUGUCAUUGUGGAGUUGAAGGUGUCUUCGGUUUUUGAGCCCAAUCUACAGUGGGAGCAGGAGCUCGUUUUGGGCACGACAGACGCAAACCAUCCCUAUGUCGCCUACAUGAAUACCACCUAUAAAGACUGUGUGUACGUCGGUGGCGAACUCAUUCCGAGGGCGUGUAUCGAGCAUUUUGACUACGAAGGAUAUAGGCUUUCUCCUGCUGAAACAAAUGCAGAGAUCAAGAGAAGGAAGUGGGAAGUCGUCGUCGGCUUCCAAACACGAAAUCCCAUGCAUCGUUCCCACUAUGAAUUGACCAAGCUCGCUCUAAGGAAGGUCAAAGCAGAACUCUCCAAGCAGCCCCACCUCCUCCUCACGCCUGCCGUGGGUCCGACACAGCCUGGAGAUGUCCCUUAUCCCGUGCGAGUCCGUUGCUACAAAAAACUCUUGAGCCAUUACGAAAAGGACGAGGCGAUGAUGACGUUAAUUCCGCUUCCUAUGAGGAUGGCGGGGCCAAGAGAGUGUGUCUGGCAUGCCCUUAUCAGAAAGAACUUCGGAUGCACUCACUUUAUUGUUGGGCGUGAUCACGCGGGCCCGAGCACGCUCACGAAAGAUGGGCAGAAAUUCUACGGCGCAUAUGAUGCGCACAAGCUGCUGGCCGCCGUCGCGGCGGAUCUUGGGAUUAUUCCAGUCUUUGGUCAGGAGAUGGUUUAUCUCGGCGAGGAGAAAGGAUAUUGUUCAGCAGAAGAAGUGGGCGAGACUGACAAGGAUCUCAUACGGACUAUAUCAGGGUCCCAGUUCCGGAAAAUGUUGGAGCAGAGGCAAAGCAUUCCUGCUUGGUUCUCGUUCCCCGAAGUGGUCGACGAACUAAAAAAAUUCUACAAACCGAAUCACCAGCGAGGUCUUUGCAUCUACUUUACCGGCCUGCCGUGCUCAGGCAAAAGCACUCUGGCACAGGCGCUCGAGUCUGCCCUUCUCGAGAAAGAAGAAGAAACAAGGCGUAUAACUCUUUUGGACGCGGACGUAGUUCGUCAGCACCUUUCGAGAGGGUUGGGUUUCUCUCGGGAAGACAGAAGCACGAACGUAAGACGCAUCGGCUACAUAGCAUCAGAAAUUGCGAAGCACGGGGGAAUUUGCCUGGUGGCGAACAUCGCGCCGUAUGCCGUUGACCGCGAUUUCAACCGUCAUCUGAUAUCUUCAACCGGCGGUCUGUACAUUGAAGUGUAUGUAAGUACUCCCCUGAGCGUCUGCGAACAAAGGGACGUUAAGGAGUUGUACAAGAAAGCUCGCCAGGGAAUUAUCAAGCAAUUCACAGGGAUUUCCGACCCGUAUGAGCCUCCCAUUAAUGCAGAAGUUGUGGUUGAUUCUAGUUCAGAUUUGAGGGAAAAGAUACGAAUGAUCGUUGCGUAUCUCAGGGAAAAAGGGUGUAUUGAUCACCCCAGUGGCUCGGGAUGA